AUGGCCGACCCGAACAAGUGGAUGGGCCUCCUGCGCUGGUCCAUGCAGCAGCAAGAUGGCACGCACGCGUCCGAGUUCAAGGCCAUGGACCCGCACGACCGCGAGUGGCUCGAGCGCGUCAUGAAGGAGUGCGUCAUCGACGAGAUCGAGCGCAUGCACCAGAUCAUCCGCAUCUGGGCGGACGAGGAUCCGCGCCAGGUGCUGCCCAAGCUCAUUGAGGACCCGCCAGAGAACCCGUUUACGCCUGAAGAGAUUGCCGACUACAAGGAAGCGCUCCUCGACGAGAUGCUCACGCGCAUCGAUCAGAUCGACAACGCGCAGACGUUCAUCAAGAUUGGCGGCCUCCCGAGCCUCCUCUCGCUCUUCCAGAACCCGCGCCCGACGACACGCGCCCUCGCCGCCGAAGUGUUUGCGACCUGCGCGCAGAACAACCCGCCCGUGCAGAAGGCCGGCCUUGACGCCUCGAUCAUCGAAGCUCUUUGCAAAAUGGUGACCGAGGAUAAGGACGCCGACUGCCGCUCGAAAGCUCUCCUGGGCAUCUCGUGCAUGGUGCGCAGCCUUGACAAGACGUCCGAGCGCUGGUUUGUCGUGCAAUGCGAUGGCCUUGGCGUGCUAACGCGCUGCCUCGAUACCGGCGACAUUCGCCUCCAGCGGCGGUCGCUCUUCCUCCUCCGGUACCUCGUCAACGCAUCGAUCGAAAACGCCAAAGUGCUCUUGAGCACCGGCGUCUACCUUCGCGUCUGUGCGUCGCUCGUCGGCGGCGACGACGUAGACCUCAACGAGUCGUCGCUGCAGGCGCUCUCGGAGUUUGCGUCGCUCGGCCCAGCUUUCAAGGCUGCGUGCAAGGCGCCAGCGCUCCAGCUCGUUGCCAAGAUCCAAGCGCGCCUUGCAGUCAUUGCGUCGCUCGAGGGCGAAGAGAAGGAGUAUGCGUCCGAAGAGGCAGCGUUUGCAUCCCUCGUCCUCGAGAACCUCGACGUCCUCGAGUAG